AUGAUUUCAUCGAUGCCAAUAACACUUGAUCAAAUUUAUGGAGUGAAUUUUAAGAGGGUGCCCAUAUUAUAUGGUGAAAUGGAAGGAACUAAUCCAAUGCCAAUCAACGAAACAGAUGAAGACUAAUAUUCAGAAAAGAAUUCUAGACAGUAACAAAAGCGGUCGUUACCUCCGCUAUAGAAAGUAGAUAUCAGAGUUGUAGGAGAGAAACAGAAGAAAAAAUAGAAUAUUCAUCGCUCACCAGUUAUAUCUUCCCAAUUUGAAUAACAUAUUGGGUUUAGGAAUACUUUUUAUAGAUAUAAUAAAGUCAAUUUGGAAUCCAGAUGGAGAGUCGAAGAGAUUAAAAAUAAAGAGUAGGGGUUGUUCACAAAAUAUGCCUAACGAUUCAAUGUUCCUAAAUCAUAAAUUUGGAAUUGA